CUGCUUCUCAUUGUGCAGCCGAGGAAACAUCGCAAGCUUUCGACGACGUUGGUAUGAAAUGGCAGAAACUGCUUGUGUCACGGAAGCACACAGAUUAGGUUACGUAGAAGCUACACAUGUAUUUUGCGAUGAUCCUGGUCUGCUAGUGUGACGGAAACGAGAGCGUAUCCGGAGGGAAUAAGGGACUGAAGAGCUGUUUUUCUCCGCAAAACGUUCGGGUUGUGUCUCCAGCAGGCAGCAAACGGCGACUGCGGGUCGACACUUGGAAUUAACCGGAGAGGGGUCUUGAGAGCUCCACUUGAAUGCCCAAUCACGGCGUUUGUCCAAGGCUUCACCAUGAACCGGAACAAGCGUGAAAAGGAGUACUACAGUAUAGAUGUGGGCGAUUCAACUUUUAUGGUUUUGAAGCGCUACCAGAACCUCAGACCCAUCGGAUCCGGAGCACAGGGAAUUGUCUGUUCAGCGUAUGACCACAACUUUGAGAGGAACGUCGCCAUCAAGAAGCUGAGCCGGCCGUUUCAGAAUCAAACUCACGCAAAACGGGCCUACAGAGAACUGGUGCUCAUGAAAUGUGUCAACCACAAGAACAUAAUCGGCCUGUUAAACGUGUUCACGCCACAGAAGACACUGGAAGAAUUCCAAGAUGUGUAUCUAGUGAUGGAGCUGAUGGAUGCAAACCUGUGCCAGGUGAUUCAGAUGGAGCUGGACCACGAGAGGCUGUCCUACCUGCUCUACCAGAUGCUGUGUGGGAUCAAACACCUACACGCCGCCGGCAUCAUACACAGGGACCUUAAGCCCAGCAACAUUGUGGUGAAGUCUGACUGCACGCUGAAGAUCCUAGACUUUGGCCUGGCCAGGACAGCUGCCACAGGCCUCCUCAUGACUCCCUAUGUUGUCACCCGCUACUACCGUGCACCUGAAGUCAUCCUGGGCAUGGGCUAUCAGGCCAAUGUUGAUGUCUGGUCUGUUGGCUGCAUCAUGGCUGAAAUGGUCCGGGGUAGUGUGUUGUUUCCAGGCACUGAUCAUAUCGACCAGUGGAAUAAGGUGAUUGAACAGCUGGGGACACCGUCUCAGGAGUUCCUGAUGAAGCUCAACCAGUCAGUGAGGACCUACGUGGAGAACAGGCCACGGUAUGCUGGUUACAGCUUCGAGAAGCUCUUCCCUGAUGUUCUGUUUCCUGCAGACUCUGAACACAACAAACUGAAAGCAAGUCAAGCCCGAGACCUACUAUCCAAGAUGCUGGUAAUAGACGCGUCAAAGCGGAUCUCGGUGGACGAGGCUCUCCAGCACCCUUAUAUCAACGUGUGGUAUGACCCGACUGAAGUAGAGGCACCACCACCCGCGAUCACAGACAAGCAGCUGGAUGAGAGAGAGCACACAGUGGAGGAGUGGAAAGAGUUGAUAUACAAAGAAGUGUUGGAUUGGGAAGAGAGGACAAAGAAUGGUGUCAUCAGGGGACAGCCGGCGUCCAUAGGUGCAACCGUGAGCAGCAGCCCCCAGCACCACACCUCCACGCCCUCCUACACUUCCAUCAACGACGUCUCCUCCAUGUCCACCGACCCGACCCUGACCGACACCGACAGCAGCCUGGAGACGGCCGGCCCCGACGCUGUUGCCGCCGCUGCCGCCGCUGCUGCUGCUUCUACAGCCACCGGCCCCCUGGGCUGCUGCAGAUGACUAUCAUCUACACCUCCCCGUGGCCCUGGUCCUGGGCCUCGCCCGACCACAUGCCGACACUGGCUCCUAGCCCCGCCCCUUGCAUUUGCGUCCCCCAACCUCCUCUCUGUGCUUGUCUUCAGUAGUGUAGCGAUUAGCCAGCUAGCUGUUUGAGAAAUAUUUUGGUUUCUGAAAGGACAGACAUUUUGUCUUUUUUGAAUUACAGUUAGUCUUUUUUUGGAUUUUAGGAUUUCUUUUUGUUUGAGUCCUAGCUGUAAUUUAUUGUGGCAUUUCUUAAUUUUUCAUAAACCUAAGAAGAUGACGAGAAUUUUUAUGAUUUCACUAUGUUCCGGUUUAUAUUGACCGACAGUGAGAAUAUAAAGAAAUAUCUGUAAAAUGUUUUAAUGUGAUCUAUUUUUUCUGUUGAAAGUCAUUUGUUUCACCUGUAAGCUACGGCUUUUACAACUUGCCAUAUAAAUGUAGAUUGAGUUUGUACAGAUUUUAUGGUAGAUGUAGUUUUAUCUUCGAUACAAGUUUGCAGUGAGCCAUUGAAACAUAAUUGAUUUGACAAAUGUAUGGUCUUAGUACUCCCCUUAUAUAUUUUGUCUUGCCUAAUAUGGAUAUUGGUUUAAAUGCAUACGACAUAUCCAAUUUUUUUAAACUAAGAUCAUGUAGAUUUACUUGUAAAAAUGUUUUUUUCUUGUGAGUCACUACUACUUCCUACUUCCUACAGAUUUUUAAUUUUUUGCUCAUUCUUCACUUCCUGUUCUAGACGUGAUAGGAUUUUUUAAAAUGAUUUUCACUCACCAUAUGAUUAAUUUUACCUUCAACAUUUAAGCUAAGGGAUUGAUAAUGGAUAUGAUAAUGGCAAAGUUAAGUCCUGCAAGAUAACAUGGAAAUUUCUGUCUUCUGUAUUUUUAAGUCCUGUGAAGUACCUCUUCCUCUUGUCUGCAACAGGCUGUGUGACAUGAAACUGAGUGGUAGUUGCUUUGGAGGACUGGAUACACGGAGCUCUUUUACGUUCUCCACUGGCUUGCUCUGACAGCGAGGUAUUGCUACAAGUUUUGGACUUGAGAAUGUUUUUUGUCGCGCUUUGGGAGUUUUUUCUUUUGAGAUGUAAAGUUGUGUGAGGUUGUAAAAUCGGUGACGGUGUUAUGUCGAAUGUGCUUCAGUCAAGUAGGGAAUUGUGAUAUUCAGAACGCAUGUGAACGUGUUGAUAUUGGGUUUCUUGGAGCGAUAGUGAUUCUGCAGCCUGAUGGAACAGUGUGAAAAGAUGUCUGCCUCCUACUACCAGAUCCUGUUAUUAGUAAUGUGCUUUUGUGAAUCUGGAAAUUUGAAAGUGGUUUUUCUAAAAGAUGGCAAAACACUUUGUGUACCAGACUUGCCUGCAAUUAUGAAUAAAACUCAAAGCACCUGAAACUUAGCAUGUUAAACAGCAGCACAAACAACCAGAGUCAAAAGAAAACAAAAUAUUCUUAUGGUAUGCAAUAAUAGUGCCCUUUUUGACUGUUUUUGAUUUUGCUUUGAAAGGAAAAGUGCCUGUUGUUUGUCAUUCAUUCCUGAGUACCUGGGAGGAAGUGUCUUCAUUAGUCUUGGGUUUUAUGGCGUCUGGAUAACAACAGUAGUUUCCAUAUCAAACCAAUGAUGUAUGAUGGGGUUGUAGUUCUCACAAAUGUAUUGUAUAUUUUUCUACUUGUUUUGAUUUUUGACCCUUGAGCAAGAGACUGUGGUGUCUUUGCAGGGCAAGAAGGUGAUAUGCGUAUACGUUAAGAUGCUUAAGCAUGUGUUUAAGUAAUUUCAGAAGAAAAGGCAGUUUUAUCAAGGUCUUUCAUCAAAGUAAAAAGAAGUGUUUCUUUGCAGUGACAGCAACCAAAAUAUAGGUUAAUAACAGUUUUCUGGCUUUUCUUUGAGUACUAAUUUAAUGUUAUGAUAGUAAGAAAGAAGAAUGAACAGAAUAGGUAUUUUAAAAUUCAACUACUGGCUGAAACUUAAUGAGUGAACUGAAUUAUUGUCAGUAUUUUGUGGUGUUUUUGGAUACUGUUUCCUGUUGGAAGGCAAGUUGAUGCUUCAAUUAUGAAGACAUAUCCGAGAGGCAGAGCCACACAACCACUGUGUUUCUGGCAAAUGCGGUUUUAAGUUUAAAGUUAUGUAACACUUGUGGUACUAGCUGAAAAAUCGCUUGAACCAUAGUUAUUCAAGUUUAAACGAGCCAUAUUAGCUAUCCAGGCAAGUUGUGUGAAUGUUUGCUGACGAUCAUGAAUGUCAUGGUCAUAAAUUAAUAAAACAAGAGUCCGUGCUAUAUUCAAUUUAAAAUUUUUGCUCAGCCUGUUGAGGUUUAACGCAGCGCAUUCUGCCUGAUAGAAAUGUUUGCAUAACCAAACUUCCUUUCUACAAGAGGCAGAGUUAGGAUGUAUUGUACUGUCCAAACAAGUUAACAAUGUCUUGGUCUUUGAUAAAGACAUUUUUCUAGAAAGUUUGCAAGAAAGGUUGUCUUUGUACUGUUGCUCUGUGCUGUACUGUACUUACGCAGCAUGUUAUGGUGCGCCAAAUAUGUAAGGCUAACCACAGACGUAACCAUUUAUUUAACGGCAUGAUUUCUAAAUUUAUCCUGUAUUAUGUCUCCUUCUCUGUUCUGGACUUGCACCAGCAGUUCGCAAAUCCAUUACUGUGUGUGUGUGUGUGUGUGUGUGUGUGAGAGAGUGUGUGUGUGCGCCCAAGUUAUUAGUAACAGCUUGCUAGUUUCAAACUAGAGAUUUAGUAAAUCGUGUUGCACCAUUAAAACCUAAGGAAUGUCUUAGUGAGUAGAAACCUUGGCAAUGCGUAAAUUCCAAAAUUUACAGUUAUAGUAGGCUUAACCAUAUUUAUAUACUAAAUGUAACAGCCAGUCCUUUUUGUAAAUGUAGGUAUGACUUUGUUUUUGUUUUAUUUAUAAAUGCAUACAGAAAGUGCGACAAUGUGUUUCAAAACAAGAAAUACGUCACUUACACUCAAUUUAUGUGGUCAUUAAGUCUAUCAUUAUUAGCAUAAUGUUUCGUAAUUUGAGGUAAUUUGUGUUUAUUUGUAGAAUUAAUCUUUAAUUUGUAAAACCCUUCCCAAUUUACAUCAUUAUUAAACAGCAUUUUAUCAAGUGUAUGGUCAGUGUUGACCAUAUGUCUUGUUUGUCUUUUACUCUUCAGUUCGCUUUAAACAGGUAAUAUAUUAGCAAGAAAUCAUUAGCUUUGUCACUUACACGACCGUUAAGAUUUAAUUUAUUAGCAAACAAAUGUUAGCUUUUUCACCGAGUUACACAACAGUUAACAUUUAAUAUAUUAGCAAGCAAACGUUAGCUUUGUCACUGAGCUACUCAACAUUUAAUAUAUUAGCAAGCAAAUGUUAGCUUUGUCACUGAGCUAGGCAACAGUUAAAAAUUUAUAUAUUAGCAAGGUAAUGUUAGCUUUGUCACUUAUGCAACAGUUAAACCUGGUGGUUGCUGGGUGCAAAUAUUUAUUAACUCUAUGUAUGAUGUAGUUUAUUUGGUGCAACCCAUUUUAAUUUUGUGAUCCAUAAAUCUCCACCUUAGAAACACGUAUGUACUAGGCUAAGUUUGAAGUUACGAACAGCUGGUGCCAGUGGCCCCUGCUCUCUUUGCAGUCACCAGAAUUUAAAAGGAAAGGUUUGGUAAUCACUGAGAAUCACGAAUUUGCUAGUAAAAUGCAGUGGUAGCAACUGCAGAGCCAGGUUAGUACAUCACCACACUAAAUUCAAUCUGCAGUCAGGAGUAUAGGAGUAUUUUGACAGACAAGUAAAAACUUGAACUCAAGCAGUGUCAGAUCUGUAAGAAGGCAGUAAUAGCAGAGGGAAAGUAAGUGGUAUGUAUCCAUUUGUUAUAUUAGCCCAUUUGUCAUAUUAGCUAAACUAAUCAGAAAAACACUGUUGUCUAAAGUGCUCUUAAUUUUCUUAGCCCAACAUUAGGGACUUUAAUUGGAGUAUUUUUGUUUUCUUUUUAGGUUGUUGUUGCUUUUUUAUAAUUACUGCAUCUCUCCAAAAAUGUCAUUCUGAUUUAAGUCUGCUUUGAUGAACUACCUCACGCUGAAUUUCUGCCAGUUCUUGCAUAUACUUAGUCGCCUGCAGAAUUAGCUAUCGAAGACGUGUGAAUAACAGAUUCCAUUAUUUAUUUAUUUGAAAGUGUACUGUCGGUUUCAACAGACUUCUAGUUUUGUACAUUAUGUAUACUUCACCUAGAAGUAAGAGAAUUGUUAUAUGUAUUUUUUGUUCAUUUUUGUUUUGUUUUUAAACUAAAUGUGCAAUACCUUCAGCAAACUGUGCUAGUAGUAUGUGAUGGGCCUAGCCUUUGUUAGCUUUCUCCUGAAGGUAAAGAAAAUGUUUGGUACUGUCAAUCCAUGUUUUCUUUUUUUUUAUGAAUAAGAUCAGUUUUUAUUUCUGUGACUUGUUUAUAGUCAUGAUGUUACGUAAUCAGUCUUACCCACCAAACAAAUCUAUUGGCCAAGGUUUGACGCAGAGACAGAAAGUGCUUUGAGUCACAACAUGACUAACAGAUUUUGAUUUGGAAUGUGGUAAGGACAAUAAUGUUAAUAAACACAAAAAAUUAGUAAAUACCUACAAGAAAUCAUUAUAUGUAUGGUGCUGGUUUGUAAUGUUUGCUAGUGAAUCCAGCCAUGCAAGUAGUUUUAAGAAUUCCUGGAUCUGCGAGUUCCGAAAAACCGCAACGAAGAAGUGCACUACUAGAAUACAUGCACUGGGAUCUGAUGAUGCCACAUCUUAAAAAAUAAAUAAAUAAAAAAUGUAAUGCAAAUAAAAGAAAUUCAGUUUGA